AUGGAAAAUGGAAAAUGGAUGGGGAAUUCCAUUUCCCACCUGAUCCUCUCGACAUUACCCGCUAUCUUCUCGCUGUCUUUCUCUGUGACACACAACUUUCUUACAACAAUCCUUCAAUGGAGACGCCAUUCAUGGACCUUCCUUCCAACAACCCAUUUUCCACUCUCAACCACCCUUCCUUCUCCCACACAUACCCUUCCAGAUUAACCAUUCCCAGCCUCUCUUCUCCCAACUACCCCACCACUUCCCCUCUCCGCUUCUGCGCCAAUACUACGCCGCCUCCCAUUCUUCAAGACACUGAUGCUCUUCUUGAUUCCGGCCCAGAAAGAACCCAGAAUCGCCGCAGGGUUGUUCGAAUUGCCUGGGAGAAGUUGGUGAGAUGGUCCAGGUCUUUGCGAUUCAAGGCUAAGACUGACGUUCUUGAGCGCACGAACAAGGUGGCUGUGCUUGGUGGUGGAUCUUUUGGCACAGCGAUGGCUGCCCAUAUCGCUGGUAGAAAGCCCCAAUUGGAAGUCAAUAUGCUUCUUCGUGAUCCUCAAGUAUGCCAGUCAAUCAAUGAUGGUCACUACAAUAGUAAGUACUUCCCAAAGCACAAGCUACCAAUAAAUGUUAUAGCUACAACUGAUGCCAAAGCUGCUUUGCUGGGUGCUGAUUUCUGUUUUCAUGCUGUACCUGUGCAGUUCAGUUCAUCAUUUCUUGAGAGUAUUGCUCAUCAUGUUGAUCCACACCUACCAUUCAUAUCCCUGAGUAAAGGGUUGGAACUCAAUUCCUUGAGAAUGAUGUCUCAGAUUAUUCCCCAAGCACUCAGUAACCCUCGACAACCUUUUGUUGCCCUUUCGGGACCUUCAUUUGCUUCAGAAUUAAUGAAUAAAUUACCAACAGCGAUGGUAGUGGCGUCAAAGGACAAAAAAUUGGCAAAUGCGGCUCAGCAACUACUGGCUUCUAGUUAUCUAAGAAUAAGCACCUCAAGUGAUGUGACAGGGGUGGAGAUUGCAGGUGCAUUGAAGAAUGUCCUCGCUAUAGCAGCAGGAAUUGUUGAGGGGAUGAAUCUUGGUAAUAACUCUAUGGCAGCUCUUGUGGCACAAGGUUGUUCUGAGAUCCGUUGGCUGGCUACGAAGAUGGGUGCGAAGCCAACGACAAUUACUGGCCUCUCAGGCACAGGGGACAUUAUGCUUACAUGCUUUGUCAACCUCUCCCGAAACAGAACAGUUGGAGUACGACUAGGAUCUGGUGAGAAUCUGGAUGAUAUAUUGAGCUCCAUGAAUCAGGUUGCAGAAGGUGUAUCGACUGCUGGGGCUGUAAUUGCUUUGGCUCAGAAGUAUAAGGUGAAAAUGCCAGUUUUGACAGCAGUGGCCCGAAUUAUUGAUAAUGAGCUAACACCACAAAAAGCAGUCCUUGAAUUGAUGGGGCUUCCUCAGGUGGAAGAGGUCUGAAACCUGGAGGCUUCAAAGGUCCUAAGCAAUUAGAAUCACAAAACAUCUAUGGCAUCAAACAUGGCCCGCAGAUAUUUGACUAGGACAUUACAAUAGUGGGAUUUUUAUUCGUCGAAGAAAUCAGUCAGAAGUUGGUCUGUGAAACCUGCCAAUUAAUUGAGGACCGUCUUGUUCCUUUUGGAGAUCAAACUAUCUUUGAUUCUUAGUAGUGGAAUUCAACAAGUUUUGAUAUCUUAAAGUCACAAUCAUAAGAAACGUCAACCUUCUGUCUAAUUCAUUUCAUUUUUGAAUUUGACUAAAAAGUUGAUCAAAGACCAACUUUUCAUUUUUCUGUCUA